CGACCAUUUGUCGCACAAUCAGUUCACCAAACGAACCCUAAGGCGAUGGUCAAGCUGACGCUAAACUUUGGGAUUCUAAGCCUGCUGCUUUGUCUGACAGCAGCACUCAGUCCUCGUUUAAUUGUCUACAGGAUGAAGAUUUGCAUGCAGCUUCGUUCGUAUGGCAAUUGUCACAAUAGGCAGGAGCGUUGGUAUCACGAUCCAUGGUCGAAAACCUGCAAGGUGUUCUACUACAGUGGAUGUGGUGGAAAUUAUAAUCGAUUCAUUUCCAAAGACACAUGCAUGGAGUACUGCAGGGAUCCGGGCAUACCUUACGACGAUAAGUAAUGAUAGAAAACGAACAAAAUAAUGCAAAAUGUUUUCCUACUGGUAUAACAAC